ACCCAGCACUCCAUGUCCAGGUGACCCUUUCGCCCAGAGAAAUGGAGCCAAAUGCCUCCUCUCGUGUGGAUUCCGAGUUCCGAUACACUCUCUUUCCGAUUGCUUACACUGUCAUCUUCAUACUGGGGGUGGUUGCCAAUGGCUACGUGCUGUGGGUCUUUGCCCGCCUGUACCCUUCCAAGAAACUCAACGAGAUAAAGAUCUUCAUGGUGAACCUCACCAUGGCAGACCUGCUCUUCUUGGUCACCCUCCCGCUAUGGAUCGUCUACUAUUACAACGAGGGCAACUGGAUUCUCCCCAAAUUCCUGUGCAACCUGGCUGGAUGCCUCUUCUUCAUCAAUACCUACUGCAGUGUGGCCUUCCUGGGUGUCAUCACCUAUAACCGUUACCAGGCAGUGGCUUAUCCCAUCAAGACCGCUCAGGCCACCACCCGCAAGCGUGGCAUCUCUUUGUCCCUGGUCAUCUGGAUAUCCAUCGUCGCUACUGCAUCCUACUUCCUGGCCACGGACUCCACCAACGUAGUGCCUAAAAAGGACGGUUCAGGCAACAUCACCCGCUGCUUUGAACACUAUGAGCCACACAGUGUGCCCGUUCUUGUUGUUCAUGUCUUCAUCGCCUUCUGUUUCUUCCUUGUCUUCCUCCUCAUCCUCUACUGCAACCUGGUCAUCAUCCACACGCUGCUCACGCGGCGCAUGAGGCGGCAGCGUAAAGCGGAAGUGAAGCGCCGGGCCCUGUGGAUGGUCUGCACCGUCUUGGCGGUAUUUGUCAUCUGCUUUGUGCCCCAUCACAUGGUCCAGCUGCCCUGGACCCUGGCAGAGUUGGGCUACCAGACCAACUUCCACCAGGCUAUUAACGACGCCCAUCAGAUCACCCUCUGCCUCCUCAGCACCAACUGCGUCUUAGAUCCUGUCAUCUACUGCUUUCUUACCAAGAAGUUCCGGAAGUACCUCAGCGAAAAGCUGUACAACAUGCGCAGUAGCCGGAAGUGCUCCAGGGCCACAACUGACACAUGCACUGAGGUGAUAGUACCGGCUAACUAGACUCCUGUCAUGUCACUGAAAAAUUAAUCUCUGCUUCUUAAAGUCAG